UAAAAAGGCUAGACACAAAACUCACAGUGGUGUCGUAUCAGUCAUAAGGAAACUGUGUAACCUGCAGGCUGCAGCUACGGUCAGUUAUUUAAUUCACACUGGGCGGUGACUGAGCGACCAUGAGAGUCUUAAUAGGAGGGGGGUCUGGCUUUGUGGGCCGUGAACUGACUCGUCUGCUCAGGAACAAAGGUCAUGAGGUCACAGUGAUAUCUCGCCAGCCUGGUCCUGGGAAGAUAACAUGGGGUGAGUUGGAGUCUCAUGGUCUCCCACCAUGUGAGGGUGCUGUCAACUUGGCUGGAGAGAAUCUAAUGAACCCUUUGCGGUGGUGGAAUGAAAGCUAUAAAAAGGAUCUAUUCUCCAGUCGUAUCGACACUACAAAAACUUUGGCUCAGGCUAUUGCUGCUUCCUCCACUCCUCCCCACUCCUGGGUCCUGGUAUCAGGUGUAGCUUGUUACAAACCCAGUCAGACAGCUGAGUAUACGGAAGACAGUGAAUGGACGCCAUUUGACCUCCUCUCUAAACUGGUGAAAGAGUGGGAGGCAUCGGCACUUCUUCCUGAGGAUGUGGCUAAAACCACUAAACAAGUCAUCAUCAGGCCUGGAGCAGUACUGGGCCGUGAUGGUGGUGCCAUGAAACAAAUGCUGCUCCCCUUCUGGCUUGGCCUCGGGGGCACUCUGGGGUCAGGAAGACAGCCGUUUCCCUGGAUCCACGUCUCAGACCUGGCAGGAAUCAUCGCCCACGCCCUGGAGCCCCCUUCUGACACUCCCUGUCCUUUACCACAAGUGUUCAACGGAGUCGCGCCUGCGCUGAACACCAACCACGAGUUCACUAAAGAACUGGGCCGGCUCCUGAGGAGGCCCACCAUUUUCCCUGUGCCUGGCUUCGUCAUGAACACCCUAAUGGGCUCUGAGAGGGCUGUGGUGCUCACGCAGGGCCAGAAAGUCAUACCAAAGAAGACUCAAGAGGCCGGCUAUGAGUACAAGUACCCGGACUUGACUUCAGCCUUGACAGAGAUCGUUGGGAGUUGAAAGAAUGUGUGCUGACUUCAAAUAUUCUGUAACUGUGUGUUCAUACUUGAUUACAAGAUUACAAAUGUGACAGCUCAAAUCAAUCAAUCAAGAACUCAGGGUGACAAAUAGGCCUGAGGACUGCCUGAAAUAUCAGCUAAGACCAGUUUAUGAAGCACUUUUUCUGAGUUGGUUCAUACUAAGCAUUGAAAUAGAUCUGAGAAAUCAGGACUCGAUGGACAUAAAUCCCGGUGUGAUGAAAGUCAUGCGUACAUCUGGGGCACACUGAGAUCCAGUUUUUCAGGCAUUGAAGGACUUCAUAGCAGGCCAAAAUGUCAUUUGGGUAAGACCGUGCACUCCUCUCAUUGUACGGCUAAAGGCAGGUGUGUAUUUUUUUUUCCUGGUUAUCAGAAUUUUCUCUUUUUGAUAGCAUCAACUCAAAUGUGAGCAGAGAUGCAGAAGAAGGUACCCUCUGAUGCCAAGUGUGAGCUGCAGUCUGAAUAAUCUGCGUGGUUGUGCUGCACUUAACUGUUAUUGUCAUUACUGAUCAAUCUGGUGAUUAUUUUCUUGAUGAAUGAUUAAUUGUUUAGUCUAUACAACACCAGUGCAAUUACUCAUUCAUAAUAACAGUCAUUUUAGGUUUAAGUAGCAGAAAGUAACCAUGAAGAUCAUAGUUUCUUUUCAAUUUUGGGAUUCUUUCACUGAAGGAAUGAUAUUUAUCCAGAUUCUCUUUGAAUUUUAACCUGAAGCAGUGAAAUAUGCAGGAGGAAAGUCUAAAUCUCCAUCUUGAGAUGUUUCAAAUAUCACAUUGCCGUUCAAAUUGCAGGAUCCUUGUUACAAGAAAUGGACUAUAGUUUGUUGAAGGUGGUGCACAAUAAAGCCGGGCAAAGUA